AUGGAUGCCGCUAACAACAACAUCCUGGGCCUGAUUGCCCCCGAGGUCGACAACCGCGACCAAUCGACGCGCACUCUCGAUCCCAAAGCAAGUCUGUUCCGCCCCGGAGCUAAAGAACACUAUCUCCGGAACGCCUUCAACCUGGAACUAAAUUUAGUCGAUCCUGACGCUACAAAUGGGACCGUUGUAAUAAAAAGUAGCCUGAAGAGAAAAUGUACAGGUGAAGAAAUCGCUCUCGACAAGCCAAAUAAGAAAGUAACCUUUGAUUUGCCCAGCGACACGGAAUCGUCUUGUGGAUCGAGCACCGGUGGGAGUUUCCUAGACUGGUGUCAGUUCCACGCUGACGCUGAAUCAAACAACUUUGAACUACAGUCUCUAUGUUUGGACGGUACCGAUAUGUUGGCAGACAACGAAAAGUCCUGCUUAGAUACGCCCCGCAAACAGCCCUGA